ACUAGCCCUCCGUUGCGCCGCGCCGCCAAAACAGCGCACUAUACUCACUAUGGCACCCGCCGCUGCACGGACCCUCCUAGCGCUCAUCCUCACCUUUAGUGCAUCAAGUCCCGGAUUGACAGACAAGCCUCUGCAGCCCAGGAACGUGCGUCUGACGUCGGUGGGGCAGGGUCUGAAGGUCAGCUGGGAGCCUCCCAACCAGCUGGACGGACGGCCGGUGGAGAGGUACAACAUCGGCUACGGCAAGUCCAUGAGGUCACUACGCUUCAUCAAAGUGGACAAGGACCGACGCUCUGAGGUGCUGGAGGAUGUAGAGCCCGGACUUCUGCACUUUCUCAAGAUGAGUGCUGAGAACGAGGAGGGGACAAGCAAACCUGUGUACAGAGCAGAGACCCCUGGAGGUGGUGAAUGGGUUAAACUGGACGGAUUUGCAGUGUUGGGCGGGGCUCCUCUCAAUGCAUCAUUGCAAGGUUCACCCCGGUCUCCUGCCACCUCCAGGCCUGACCCCCCAGGACGGAGGGGAACUGGGGGAGCCACUCAGGCACGUCCAUCAGUCCUGGCCAUGCCUAAGGUACAGCUGAGAGCCCCCCAGUCUUCCUCUGGCCCGCGGCAGCCAGAGAGGAUGAGCGCGGGGUCGCCCCUGCUGGACAGGAGGAAUAUUCACACUCAGCCACAAGCUGACCAGAGGACCCAGCGCUCCCCGCAACUAGCGUCUGAGUCCGUUUAUGUGGUGGUUCACUGCCAGUCCCAGAAGGCACAGGGCCGGAGUGCUCCUGUCAACAGGCCCGUCAAAUCCAAAAUAGAGACCCCAGAGCCUGAGGAGUAUGAGGCCAAGGACAUCAGUGUGAGGGUUAUGUCCCCCCAGUCAGUCCUCAUCAGCUGGGUAGACCCUGCUGUCGAAAUGGAGAAGGUCACCCCCGGAGGGCUCCAGCCUCUGCAGCCCAGGAACGUGCGUCUGACGUCGGUGGGGCAGGGUCUGAAGGUCAGCUGGGAGCCUCCCAACCAGCUGGACGGACGGCCGGUGGAGAGGUACAACAUCGGCUACGGCAAGUCCAUGAGGUCACUACGCUUCAUCAAAGUGGACAAGGACCGACGCUCUGAGGUGCUGGAGGAUGUUCACCCCGGUCUCCUGCCACCUCCAGGCCUGACCCCCCAGGACGGAGGGGAACUGGGGAGCCACUCAGUCUUCCUCUGCCCGCGGCAGCCAGAGAGGAUGAGCGCGGGGUCGCCCCUGCUGGACAGGAGGAAUAUUCACACUCAGCCACAAGCUGACCAGAGGACCCAGCGCUCCCCGCAACUAGCGUCUGAGUCCGUUUAUGUGGUGUCACUGCAGUCCCAGAAGGCACAGGGCCGGAGUGCUCCUGUCAACAGGCCCGUCAAAUCCAAAAUAGAGACCCCAGAGCCUGAGGAGUAUGAGGCCAAGGACAUCAGUGUGAGGGUUAUGUCCCCCCAGUCAGUCCUCAUCAGCUGGGUAGACCCUGCUGUCGAAAUGGAGAAGGUCACCCCCGGAGGCUCCAGACAUUACACCAUCAAGUACAGAGAGAAGGGAGAGUCAGCUCGGUGGGAGUUCAAAACAACCAAUCAAAGGAGACUGCUGAUCGACACCCUGUCAGCUGACGGCAUGUAUGAGUUCUCUGUCCGCAUCUCCCAGGGAGGAAACCACGGCAAGUGGAGCGUGUCCGUCUUCCAGAGGACCCCUGAAUCAGCCCCCUCCGGUCCUCCGGAGAACUUCCUGGUGCGGCCACUAAGGGGAAAGGGGACCGCCGUCACGGCAACUUGGGACCAGCCCGAGGAGCCUAAUGGAAGGAUACGAGAGUACAUAGUGUCCUACGCCCCAGCCAUGAAGCCCUUCAGUAUGAAGAGCGAGACGUAUCGGGGCAGGACCACUUCUGCUGUCAUAGAGGGCCUGCAGCCCGGGGAACGCUACAUCUUCAAGAUCAGAGCUACCAACCGCAAGGGCCAGGGCCCCCAGAGCAAGGCCUACAGCGUAGCCAUGCCCGGAAGCAGCAGUGCUGCUUCGUCCGUGUCGCGGCACUCAACAAACCAAGACAGCAAGGGGACCCGCCCCCAACCCCAGCCACACCUCCAAACAGGACACCAACCACACCCCACUGAAGCCAACCCGGCCCCGCCAUCCCCCAGAAGGACACGCCCCCUCUCACAGACACGGUCCUAUCACAGCAUUUUCUCAUCAGUGAGGGGCUCGAGUAGGAACGUGGCGACCAAUCAGCGGUUAGGGGGUGGGUCUUCCACAGCCAGAGACAGAGGGAGGAUUACUGAAGACAGACAGGAGAAUAACCAAUCACCUUCUCCCAGUCUUGAAGAUGAGGAGAAGCUGGCCAAUGAGGCGGUGGAGGAGAAAAAGCAUCCUGAGACUCCGGGGAACGUUGUUCUGUCUAGAGAGGAAGAGGAGGGAUAUGGCCUAGGGAAGGACCCCUCUGUACCUGACAGCUUUGACACCAGUCUCAAAACUGAACUCAAAGAGGUUGACACCCCAUCCAAACCCUCCUCCUCCCUCCCUCUCCGCAAGCCCCUCCCAGGAAGAAGAAUACACCCCGCCCACAUCCCCCGGACAUCAUCCAACCCCGAGAUCAGUCGACCCAGACGACCCCUCUCCAGGACCUCCAGCUCUCUGUCCAGGACUCAGGAGGUGGAUAAUGGAUCAUCGUCGUCUUCUUCAUCCUCCUCUUCAUCUUCCUCAUCCUCAUCUUCCACCACCACCUCCUCCAGCCGCAGUCACAGCCAGGAGUCUGCAGCCAUAAGAAAAGACCACACAGCCUCCACCUACCCUGAGAGGAAGCACUCUUACGACCCAGCCAGGGGAGAUCAGCCACGUCCCAGUCCACUUUGUCCAAUGGAGCCAAAACCCCAGAAACCCUCACAAACUUCCAAAACACAUACUUCUAACCAACCCUCUGCUGACUCACGAACACCCAAUACACAGUCUACCAACAGACACACUGUGAACACACACACUCCCAACAAACGGACUCACAGUUCAAAUAUUCCUAACCCACAGGAGACUGCUCGUGUCAGAGAGGAGCACAACCACCGCGACCACAAACACACACAUACAGUGACCGCCAAAGAUCCCACAACCCGUCCUCGAACCACCACCACAACAAUUCCCCCCACCACUCCACCUCCAGAAGAGGAGGAAGACCAGGAGGACCAGGAGACAGGAGAAGAGGAGAGCAGCAACCUGACCCCUGCCCUCCCACCCUCCAGAGUCAACCCCCCCGAAAGACUCCCCCACCACCUGAGCCGCCACCAGUCCCGGCCAGGAUUGGGGACGAGGGUCUCCGGGGCAGCAGGUGUCUCUGGGGGGACAAGGGUCCCCUCCCCAAGAGCUGAUGGGCGUGUCCCGUGGAGUAGGUCCGGGUCCUCAUCCUCUGUGGGGGCGGGGCGUCAUUACCUGAGGGAGAUGCCCACCAGGACAAGGGUUGCCGGGGCAACGGGGGUGUCCGGACCAACAAGGGUUUCUGCGGCGACGGGGGCAGCGGGGGUAUCGGGAGUGCAGGAAACUAACCCGGACCUCAAGAACCCCUCCUCCCCCUCCCUCAACCCUCUGAAGAAUGACCUGGGGGCCGAGUCAACAAAACCUUCCUUGCCAAAUAGGAGUACAGCACUGAGUAGCUCUAGGAACCCCAUCAGUUCCUCCUCUUCUUCAUCUUCCUCAUCUACCAACUCCCGUCCUUCCUCAGGUGGACACAGAGACUCCAGUGAGCCGGUCAGCAGAGGAAGCACCAGGGAGGAGGGACACACCGACAAUGAUCACGAUGAGGAUUAUCUGGAUGAGGGAAGUAAGGAGGUCUUUGAGAGAAACCAGAAAGUCCCAGAUCCCACCCCCGCCCCCAAAACCACUACCUCAUUGGCCAGCAGCCCUCUAAGGCCCGCCCAGGAGGAGGGCAUUGUGGAACGUGGCUCCUCCCCCAGAGGAAGGACUGGUUCGUUCUCCUUCAUCCCCAUCCCUGUUCCUCGACGACCAAUCACAGGGACCAAUACGAGAGUCCGCUCCCCCCUGCUAGCUAAUCGGCAGCCUGCUCUGACCUCGGAGGCGGCACAGGGGACAAGGAUACGCUACCCCAGCAGACCCAAUGGUGGAAUCAAGCCUGGCUAUGGAAACGGUAAGAAUGGGCGGCCCAACCUGACAGCCACCAGGGACAAGGAGCCCAGCUCCACAGAGGACAAGAGCAAAGCUGACAGUCGCAGACACAUCACUGGUCCGGAUGGGACUAAAUGGGUGGUAGACCUGGACAAGGGGGUUCUGAUGAAUGAGGAUGGGCGUGUCCUGCAGGACUCUCAUGGCAGGCCCAGAAGAGUGGUCCUGGGGGAGGAUGGACGCACCAUAUUUGACCACCAGGGUAGUCCAUUGGUCAACCAGGAAGGCCUGGCGCUGUUUGGUAACAGUCGAGACAGUCGACCGGUGGUCAACCCCAAAGAUAAGUUCCUGACCGUGGGAGGGAAACCUGUUGUUGGGCUGAACCGCCAUAAACCCAGGACAACAACCACGACGGCCCCUCCUACCACCACGCCGGAGCCCACCACCCCAGAGUGGACCACGGAGGAGCCCACCACCCUGCCAGUGCUGCCUACCUGCCCACCCGGAACAUUCUCCCGGUUGGACUCCCAGGGAUUCCCCUUGUUGGACCAGGAUGGGGUUCUCAACUGCUACCCACAUGAUGAGUUAUUGCUUUCGACCACCCUGCCCCCCCCCACCACCACGAGCCCCCCCACACCAGUGCCAGACACCAGGCCAUUCAACAACAGCCCUUCCUCAGAGUUCGACCUCACUGGAAAGAAACGCUUCACAGCUCCCUAUCUGACCUACAUCCAGAAGGACCCAGGGUCUCCAUGUUCUCUGACUGAGGCUUUGGAGUACUUGCAAGUGGAUGUCCUUGAGAACCUUCUGGAGAAAGACGGCCUGACCACCAAUCAGAAGCAGCCCCCCAGGAACAAACCCCAUAAUAUCACGGUGGUUGCCAUGGAGGGCUGUCACUCAUUCGUCAUCCUGGACUGGGCCCGACCCCUGAAGGAUGACAUGGUGUCAGGCUACAUGGUCCACAGCGCGUCGUACGAUGACGUUCUCAACAACAGGUGGUCCUCCAGCCAGUCCAGUGGAACACACCUGGCUGUAGAGAACCUCAAACCCAACUCCAGGUACUACUUCAAGGUCCAAGCGAAGAAUAUAUUUGGGUUGGGGCCAGUGAGUGAAACGCUGACCUAUAUCACUGAAUCAGACGAUCCCCUGCUUAUUGAGCGACCGCCUGGUGGAGAGCCAAUCUGGAUUCCCUUCACCUUCAGAUUUAACCCUGCUCACAGCGCCUGUAAAGGAAGUCAGUUUGUCAAGAGGACCUGGUACAGGAAGUUUGUAGGCGUGGUCUUGUGCAACUCGUUGCGCUACAAGAUCUUCAUGGGAGAUGGGCUUAAAGAUACAUUCUACAGUAUAGCAGAUAGCUAUGGUCAUGGAGAGGAUCACUGUCAGUUUGUAGACUCCUACCUGGAUGGAAGGACAGGCAUGCCCAACCUCUCCAACCAUCUGCCCACCGCACAAGGUUACCGCCGUUCCCACCGGCAGGAACCAGUGACUUUUGGACCGAUUGGCCGCCGCACACCCCACCCCUUCGUGGGCUGGUACGAAUGUGGGGUGCCCAUACCUGGGAAGUGGUAACACAGGGGUCACUGAGAGGUUGUUGCCGAGGGCGAUCAGAUUGUGUCCCCAAGCCUCCCACUCUCAUUGACUCCGCCUGAUAAGGACGUACUGUAGCUAACCAUGGCAGAGGAAGCCUGUAUAGAGCUCCAGAGAAAGAGAAUAUAAUAGUUAAAUCAACAUCAAUAUGUCCCUGUAUUUUACAAUUGUGCACUUUUUAUAUAAAGAAGUCUGUAUAUGAGGGUUGGAGGGGAAGGGCUGCCUACUUUAACUCUUAACUCGUCUUCCGGAUCGGAAAGUGUGUGUUUUUACCUAAAUAUUCCCAAGCCCCUCUCGAUAUUUAUGUCAUCCAAAGCAAAAAAGUAUUUAAUGAUACAGGUGUAUCAUUAAUUAUUGUGUUGUUUUUUGUCAUCUAUAAACCAAAGCACAAUCUGAACUGUAAUGGGCUAUUUUGGUUUGAAACGUGUGUUCUCCUUGAAGAGAUGUUUAUUGUAACAGUGGCUUAAAAAAUGGCUUCUGACAACUGCUUACUGUUUGUGUUCCUCAACUUGCUUCGUGUUUUUAGAAUCUUUGGUGUUUUCAGAGAUUCCAUGACCAAGUUCUUGUGGAGGUAUUGUUUGUAUACAUACAUUCAUUGAAUAAAAGUUUGAAUAUUU